CCCGCGGCCCCUCCGAGGGCGCUGCCGCGCUGGCGGGGCGGCUGCAGGGCCUCCUGGUGGAGGGCCCCGGCGCGGCCGGCGGCGCUGCGGGCUCGCCCGCGACCGGCGCGGAGGACGCGGAGGACGCGGAGGGCGAGGGCGGCGUGCGGGCCGCCGUGGCGGCGAUGGCGGACUGGAAGCUUGCGAGGGAUGCCGAGGUGGACGGCGCACUGCGGGCCGUGGCGACCCGUGCCGCCCUGGAGAAGGAGGAGGGCAACCGCCUCUUCAGGGAGGGCAACUACUGCGAGGCGUACACCGCCUACAAGCGCGGCGCCGACGCGUUCGAGGGCUUCUGCCAGCCCGCACUGGCCGGGGAGCCGCGCCGGCUGCUGGCGACGCUGUGCUGCAACGCGGCGCAGGCGCUGCUCCGCUCCGGCGUGGACGGCGCCACCGGCGAGGGUGCCAGGCGGAUGGCGGACCGACGCUGGCCCUGGAGCCCACGAACGCCAAGGCGCUCUUCUCGGGCCGGGCCCUCGCCAGCGGGAGACUGGUCGCUGGCGCUGGAGGACUUCCGCCAGCUCCUCCGGCUGGAGCCCGACAGCGCGCCGGCGGCGCGGGAGGCUCGGCGGGCCAGGGCGAUGCUGCGCGGGGGGGGGUCCGGCAGGCGCGCCUAGCCGUCGGCCGCCGCCGCGGCCGCAGCCGCGCUGGGGCCCCGUUGGGGCGGCCCGCCGCGAGGUGGGGCCCCGUGGUUUGGCCGGGCGGCCUGCCGCGAGGUCGCGAGGCGCUGGUCUGGGGCGCAGGGCGCGCCCUCGCUGACGUUGCGCGGGCUCCAGCGCACGGGUGGGCUGUAGCGUCCCCGUGGCCGGUCCGAG